AUGCAAUUUAGAAGUAAACACUGUCAGAGCCUGUCCUAUUUUCAUGAUAAUAUUCAGAGAAACGAUGAGGUGGAGUUUGUGCGAACUGGCUAUGGCAAGGAUAUGGUCAAAGUUCUCCAUAUUCAGAGAGAUGGAAAACACCAUACCAUUAAACAGGUGUCAGCUUCUGUGCAACUGACUCUGAGUUCCAAAAAAGAUUAUCUGUAUGGAGACAAUUCAGACAUCAUCCCUACAGACACCAUCAAGAACACAGUCCAUGUCUUGGCAAAAUUCAAAGGGAUCAAAAACAUAGAAACUUUCGCUAUGAACAUCUGUGAGCACUUCCUUUCUUCCUUUAACCAUGUCACCCGAGUUCAAGUUUAUGUGGAAGAAGUCCCUUGGAAGCGUUUUGAAAAGAAUGGUAUUAAACAUGUCCAUGCAUUUAUUCACACUUCCACUGGAACACACUUCUGUGACAUUGAACAGAUGAGGAGUGGACCUCCUGUUAUUCAUUCUGGGAUUAAAGACCUCAAGGUCUUGAAAACAACUCAGUCUGGAUUUGAAGGAUUCCUUAAAGACCAGUUUACCACGCUCCCUGAGGUGAAGGACCGGUGCUUUGCCACCCAGGUGUACUGCAAGUGGCGCUAUCACCAGUACAGAGAUGUGGACUUUGAGGCCGCCUGGAAUGUUGUUCGGGACACCGUCCUGGAGAAAUUUGCUGGGCCCUAUGACAAAGGCGAGUACUCGCCCUCUGUGCAGAAGACCCUCUAUGACAUCCAGGUGCUUUCCUUGAGUCGGGUUCCUGAGAUAGAAGACAUGGAAAUCAGCCUGCCAAACAUUCACUACUUUAACAUAGACAUGUCCAAAAUGGGACUGAUCAACAAGGACGAGGUCUUGCUACCUUUAGACAAUCCAUAUGGCAAAAUUACUGGUACAGUCAGGAGGAAGCUCUCCUCACGGCUGUGA